UUACUAAAUAUAGAUUAAGUUUGUAUAUAGAGCUACAUUCAUAACGACUGUGCAGUAACACUGUGUUCAUCUAUAUAUGUAUACAGAGUUUACUAUUUUAAACGUAAUCAAUAGUACUGUUAAUAGACAUAAACUUGUUAAUUUUAUGUUCACGUAAACUUAAAGCCAUAACUGCCGUGUGUAGAGGUUAUUUUUAGAACAUCAGGUGCGAGUUUAUAAAAUUCAGAAGUUUAUAUAGACCAAAAAAUAUUGUCGAUCACCAGGUAUUUACUCUCAAAUAUGACAAUAUGUAAGCAAAAAUAUGUAUAGUCUGUUUCAAGAAAAUUUGGGCUAAUAUUUGAUGUACAACUAGCAAUACAUGUAGAUAGAUAUUGUACUAUCUUAAAACUCCCGAAAAGAGUAGAGAUGAGGUUAGAGGUGCAUAUAUACUGUUUUGUUAUAAAUAGAAACGUUUUAUUGCGGCGUGGUAGAGUGUCAGUCUUAAGUAUGAGAGCUUCAGGCUCGAAUCCCAGAUAGGACUGAAAUAUAUUUAGACAGUAGCUUUGGCACCCAACACAGGAAAACUAAGGUAUCAAUAGAUACAUUGAAACGUCCCACAGAGGCUCAAACUCCUGGAACUCGAAGGCGAAUUCUAAAUGGAGGGUAGUAUGGUACAGAAUAUAAUUUAUCCUGCUUUACCGGUAUAUUUAUAUCAUGAUUUCAGUUUUGAAUUUGGAAACACAUUCUUCUUAUUCAAAAUAAUUAAGGCCAAGUAAACAUUCACCUCAAUGAGGCCCUUAGAUCUUAUUUGUCACUUAUGUCAUUAACAGUUUAAAACUGUCUCUUACUGUUUACUAGGUAAAUUGGUUGAUUUUUCUAGAACUGAAGCAUGAUGGGUAGAUAUCUUUAAAAACAUACCACAGAAUAACGGUUCUAAUAUUAUACUGUGUUUCCGUCUACAUCGACAGUGGAAUAAAUGAAAUUGAAUGAAACAUGCACAGUAACUAGUGUAUUUCGUUAAGUUUAAACCACACUUAUUGUUACAAGGGCCUCUGUGGCCGAGUGGUUAAGGUCGCUCACUUCAAAUUACUUACCCCUCUUUGAUGUGGGUUCGAUCCUAACUCGGGGCGCUGAAUACUUCAUAUAAGGAAGCCAUCCAGCUUGUUUAUGGAAGGUCGGUGGUUCUACACAGGUGCCCGCUCGUGAUGAAAUAGUGCACGGAGGGACACCUGGGGUCAUCCUCAACCACCAAAGCUGGAAAGUCGCCAUAUGACCUAUAACUGUGUGGGUGCGUUGUUAAGGUAUAGGUCCAUGCUUCGGAGAAAAAAAGUUCAAACGUCAUCAAAUCAUAGAAAGAAAGCAUUGUUUUACAUGAAAAUAUAACAGCAUAUAAAACAUUUAUAUUAUUGUACAAAACCGUUGUCAAUUUAUUCAUAUAUGUAUUGAAUUCCGGAAAGGGACUACCUGAAGGGGCCACACUUCUGGACAGUCCAGCGCCUUUAAAAACUCACCAUUUUUAAAAAGUUGUUACAUGUCUUCGUUUUGAUGCAUUUGCAACAUCGUGCGAGUGUUUAAACUUUACAUAACUAGGUAAAACAUCGUUUUGACAAUUGUUUACAUUUAUUUCUUUACAAAUGGCAUUCUUAUUUAAAGGGGGACAACUCAUUUAGAAUAUUUUAAGUAUCCAAUUCCGUGGGACAGAACAGACAAACAUGUAUUAUUGUGUGUCAAGAUGCUGUUUACUCGCUAAAAAAAUAUGUUGUUUUGUGAUAUACUGCUAAACCUUAAACCAAACAGAAAAUACCCAACAAAAUAAAUAGACUUAUUGCUACAGUGUAAGAUAUUUAUUAAACUGCGUUGUUUAAACUUUAAACUAAUUUGGAAAACUGGUGUCAUUAAAAAAGCUAAAAGUAUAAGCACUCUGAAGUUGUGAAAAUACAACACUUCGAGAAGGGCCUUAAAUUGUCCACUAAUCAAUUUUUAGUUUAGCUUUAUCGUAUCUGUAUUAUCAAAGUGAUCUUCAUGUAAGGGUAAAGUGUAGAACACUAGAUUGUAAUGGGUAUUUAGUGUAUUCGAUUUAUUCAUGUACUUUUAUAUGGUAUGAAUUUGUCUCGUUUUAAAACAAUUAUUUCUGAUGUAGUGUGAGGGUUUGAAUUAAAACACAAUGUGAUAAAUCUUUUGUUGAAUAAGAAACUGUAAUUUAAUAGUAUAAACGUAUUUGAUAGGACUAAUUUAAUGCGAUGAAGAGGAGUUUAAACCAUAUAACCGAAUGUACAUAUUUUGUGUAAAAACAAAUGGCAGUAUCAGGAAGAAAGGUUUUAUCAACCACGGUUUGUGUUGGUUCAGAAGAGGACAUUAUUUUAUAUUGUCAUCCAUGUGAAUUAAGUGGCCAGACAGUAAAUGCGAAUGGAUAUUGCCAGGACUGCAAGACAAGUUUAUGCGACAGUUGUAUAACCAGUCACAAAAAUGCCACACAGUCUGGGAAUAAUGUUAUCAACAGAAGUUUUAUGCAAUCAUCAAUCUCUGUUUCAAGUGAUAAAUUACAAAACUGUCCUACACAUGAAGCCGAAGAAGUCAAGUUAUAUUGCCGCGCUCAUGAAACGUUUGGGUGCGUAAUUUGUAUGACAUUGUCACAUAAACAGUGUGAAAUUGACUACAUUCCGGAAGUGUCGGAGCAAUUCCUGAAAGGCUAUGAGUAUUUGAGCCUCGAGACAAAUCUAGAUAACUUAAAAGAAAGGUGCGCAGUUGGUCUUAGCAAGAUAGAAGCAAAUAUUAUAGAUAUUGAAACAGCGUAUGCAAAUGUUAUUUCUGAAGUUGAGAGUACGAGAAAGCAAAUUAUAGAAGAACUUGAUAAAUUUGAAAAUGAAUUGAAAGAAGAAGUAACAGAAUGCAGAAAAAAGAACCUUGAGACAAUGGAAACGUUAAAGAAAACAUAUGAAUCAGUUGCAAAGUACAUUGUGGACACAGAAGCAACAAUAGGAAGGAUGAGAAAAGAUGAAAAGUACAACAUACACUUCUGUGAAGUGAAGAAAGCUUUUGCUAAGAUUUUAGAGUACCAGUCACAAGUUUAUGAAGUAUCUACCAGACUGUGUAAGCAAGAAUGCGAAUUUCAAAAGAGCACCGAACUGAACACAUUUCUUACAAAAGAAAGUUUGCUCGGUACGAUACAUGUUAAAGACACAGAGUUGGGUCCCUGUAAUACACCAGAGACAUUAAGCACACAACCGGUUGGCCACAUCAAUAUCAAAAGCAAAGACGACAAGAAGACAUGCUAUGCAACAGGACUCGCUUUCAUGUCAUCCAAUCAGUUGGCUAUUGCUGACAAAGCAAACAAGAACGUGAAAAUAGUAGAUGUUAGCUACAAUAAAAUGAUUUCCGAAAUCGGGUUAUCCUCAAGUCCACGCGAUAUUACGGUCAUUCCACCCGACCAGCUUGCCGUAACACUGAGAGAUGAAGAAAUGAUACAGCUGUUAUCAACAGCUAAAGGAUUGAAGAAAACUGAACAAAUAAAAACAGUUGGAAAGUGUCGGGGAAUUAAGUAUGACAACGGAAAGUUAAUAGUGGCAUAUGAUAGUGCAGUUCGGCCAAAAAUUGAAAUAUUGAGACUGAACGGUGACGUUCUAUGUACAUUUCAAUUCAUUGAAUCAGGAACAGUUUUAGUUAAUGAACCAAAAUGCAUAGAUUUGAGUCCAGAUCAUAAUCAGAUGUACGUUACUGAUCUAACCAAGAUGUGUGUUUUGCGUCUUUCCAGAUUGGGGAAUGCCACAGGCACAUUCGGGCGGCAUAGAUUUAUGGGUGUUGCUGUUAGCCCAGGCGGAUCUGUAUAUACGUCUUCAAAAUCCAGCAGUACAGUUUAUCAGUUAUCUGAUGAUAUGUCAAAAGUUGAAACGGUGUUGACCACGGCUGAUGGUAUAAAAGAACCAAUAGCUCUGGUAUUUUCUAAAACAAGGAACAUGUUGUAUGUGAGUUGUGGAAGUACUGACGCUAAUGUUUCAAACAAACUUCAUGUGUUUAAAACCAAAUAUGAAAACGCUGGUGUUGUUUGAAUAUAUACAAAUUACAAUGUAUGUGAAAGUUUCAAUCACACAUCAUUUGUAAAUCAAACAUCAUUCAAUAUUUGUUAUUCAGCUUGAGAUACUUGUGCCGUCUUUAAUAUAUAUAUAUGAAUAUGAAAGUCUUAAAGAGAAUCCUUGUUUUCCCAAAUAAAAUAAUUAAAUAUAAA